AUGUCAACCAAACCUCAAUCUCCAACCUCGAAGCCUCGGUUGAACGUGCCCUACUUGGCACCCAGAGUUUUCCUCGAAACCGUGGAUGAGUUAGUUGAGUGGAAACCAGAGCAACUUGAUCUGCAGCUAUGGGUGUUAUGUACUGUGAAAAUCUCACCUAAAGUAGUCGUCAAGACUGGUGCUCAUUUCGACUAUUAUCGAGUGGGAGCUUAG